UCUUCUUUCAUUUCAUCGACGGACGACUGAGCGUUCGUUCGAUCGUUUGUUCAACGUCAUCUUUUAUCCCUGUAAUGUCUUAUUUCUACGUCCCACAUGCUUAGGGGUAACCGAAUAAAGAAAAAAUCCAAGAAUCCCCGCACUAGAAGAAAAGUACGAGCGACGGCAACCGUAAAUGUGAACUCAAAAGUGCGUGAAUAGAGUAACGAGGUUCUCGUCCGUCCGGUUCGAUCUGGAUUAGAGCAGUUUGGAUCGCAAGUCGGGCUCCCUUCCCCUUGUAUCCCUUUACUAAGAAGUUUAGUGGUGUGUUAUUUAGACUUUAUUUUAAUUAUAUUUGCCUAUUAGUGCGUUUUUGUGGUGUAAUAGUUAAAUAAAACCGAUCCAAAAUGUCUGAGGAAUCGUCUGCGGAUCGCAAUGUCGAAAUAUGGAAGAUCAAGAAGCUGAUCAAGAGCUUGGAAAUGGCCAGAGGGAACGGGACCUCGAUGAUUUCCCUGAUAAUUCCGCCCAAGGAUCAAAUCUCGCGGGUGUCCAAGAUGUUGGCCGAUGAGUUCGGCACCGCUUCGAACAUCAAGUCCCGGGUGAACCGGCUCUCCGUGCUUGGCGCCAUUACCUCCGUACAGCAUAGGCUUAAGCUUUACACUAAAGUACCUCCGAACGGCCUCGUAAUCUACUGCGGUACUAUAGUCACAGAGGAGGGCAAAGAAAAGAAGGUGAACAUUGACUUUGAGCCGUUCAAGCCGAUCAACACGUCGCUGUACCUCUGCGACAACAAGUUCCACACGGAGGCGCUUACGGCUCUGCUGGCCGAUGACAACAAGUUCGGUUUCAUCGUCAUGGACGGUAACGGCGCCCUGUUCGGUACGCUGCAGGGUAACACGCGUGAGGUCCUCCACAAGUUCACGGUAGAUCUACCGAAGAAGCACGGUCGUGGUGGUCAGUCCGCCUUACGUUUCGCGCGUCUCCGUAUGGAGAAGCGUCACAACUACGUACGCAAGGUCGCCGAGGUGGCCACCCAGCUGUUCAUCAGCGCCGACCGUCCGAACGUGGCCGGCCUCAUCCUCGCCGGUUCCGCUGACUUCAAGACUGAACUGUCCCAGUCUGAUAUGUUUGAUCCGCGUCUGCAAGCCAAGAUCAUCAAACUGGUGGACGUGUCGUACGGCGGCGAGAACGGGUUCAACCAGGCCAUUGAGCUAGCGGCCGAAUCUCUGCAGAACGUCAAGUUUAUACAGGAGAAGAAACUCAUUGGCAGAUACUUUGAUGAGAUUUCACAGGACACCGGCAAAUACUGCUUCGGUGUGGACGAUACACUGCGCGCCCUCGAACUCGGUGCCGUCGAGACUCUCAUCUGCUGGGAGAAUCUGGAUAUCCAGAGAUACGUGCUGAAACUGCACGCCACCAACCAGGAGACCAUCCUGCAUCUGACCCCGGAACAGGAAAAAGACAAGUCACAUUUCACCGACAAAGAGAGCGGCGUCGAGUUGGAGCUGGUGGAGUGCCAGCCGCUGCUGGAGUGGCUGGCCAACAACUACAAGUCGUUCGGGGCCACGCUCGAGAUCAUCACCGACAAGAGCCAGGAGGGCAGCCAGUUUGUGCGCGGCUUCGGUGGGAUCGGAGGUCUCCUACGCUACAAAGUUGACUUCCAGUCUAUGCAGCUCGACGACGAGGAGAUCGACAACCUGUACGACAUCGACGACUAUUAAUCGCGCGAUUGUCGCGUCAGUCGCAACUGUGUGCCGUGUCGCACGGCUCGCUUGCGUAUGAUGUGUGCCUUAACUUACAAUGUGGUGGUAAACUGUCAUUCUAUUUAAAGUAAUUUGUUGUCAAUACAGCUAGGUUGAGCAAUGUAUUAUUUUGUAUUUCGGGAACUUUUAUCUCUAUGAUUAAAGAGUCUGGUUAUAAUGCCUGGUGCAACAGCCUCCAAAGUCCCAAUUUCGAUAGUCAACCUAACUAGUUGACUGGACAAUAUCUUUACAACUAUUUCUCCAUUUGGGGUAGCCAACAUCGUUCGUUUACUAUAAGUUCUUUUCAUUGUAUUUUCUUUGUAAUGAAUGUUGUUAGUAAUAGUUUUAUAUUAUUAAAUCAUUUAUUUUUAGCCUAAUAGUCUAAGGUACGACUGCUGAGGACAACAGUCCAUUACCCGUUUAGGACAAAUUCUCAGUAAUAGGUUUAAGACAGAUGUUUUUUUACCAUAGACUUUAUUCCAGUCUAUGGGUCUAUCCCUUAUGGAAAAUAGUACGUAUAUAGUUAAGUGACAGUGUGCCACCAUUUUAUACUGAAAGACUGACAGUUUGCAAUAUUUUAUAUAUAUAUAUGACUGUUGUCUGUUGCCGAAUGCGUUAAGAACUGUUGGUCUGUCUUUAUGCCAGUGGUUUUAUCUGUUUAAGUCUUUGACUGCCAAUAGAAAACUGUUGAAGGUAAAUCCUCCGCUAACGUCGGUCACUGGUGACCCCUUUGGCGUUUAAAGUUAGAUCGUGUAUGACUCUUAACCCGUUGCGUGU